AAAAUACCACCAGAUGGCGGUUUAGGAUUGCUGCUCUUCUCUCAAGGCGCGGUACCGCUCGCACGGGCCAAUUUCACAAUAUUAAAAUACGCACGACAUUGAAACGAUAAUCGAUUUAAUAUUUCGGAAGGCGAUUAUCGAUUCGGCGAUGUUCGUUAUAAGGAGCUGAAGAGAGUUAAGUGCCAGCAAGUUCAACGCCGUCCGUCCUGGCCUUUGGCCCCAAACACACACUCGUUCCUGAAGACGCACACAAACAGAGUCGCACACCUCGACCGCCAGCCGCACUUACCAGGAUGAUCACCUCGGAGCUUCCUGUCCUACAGGACUCUUCCAAUGAGUCUGGGCCGACCGACGCCGUGGCGUUAAGCAUGAGCAUCGGGGAGAUCGAAGAUCCCGAGGUGAAAGGCAAGAAGAAGAGAGGGAGGCCUGGAAAACAAACCCCGGCGGCGAAUAAGAAGCCGAGGAAGACGCCGGCGGAGAAGGCCGUGGGCGUCGCGAGAGGGCGUGGGAAGGCCAACGGCGUGGCUCAGCAUAACGGCGACGGCGGAGAUCCCGUCACGCUGUUUGAGGUCGUCAAACUGGGCAAGAGUGCCAUGCAGUCUGUGGUGGACGAGUGGAUCGAGUCGUACAAACAGGACAGAGACUUGGCGCUGCUGGAUCUCAUCAAUUUUUUCAUCCAGUGCUCGGGGUGCAAAGGGACCGUGAGGAUCGAGAUGUUCAGGAACAUGCAGAACGCAGAGAUCAUCCGCAAGAUGACGGAAGAGUUUGACGAGGACAGCGGGGACUACCCCCUCACCAUGCCGGGGCCCCUGUGGAAGAAGUUCCGCUACAACUUCUGCGAGUUCAUCAGCGUCCUGAUCCGCCAGUGUCAGUACAGCAUCAUCUACGACGAGUACAUGAUGGACACGGUGAUCUCCCUCCUCACCGGGCUGUCGGACUCCCAGGUGCGAGCCUUCAGACACACCUCCACGCUGGCAGCGAUGAAGCUGAUGACGGCGCUGGUGAACGUGGCGCUGAACCUGAGCAUCCACCAGGAUAACACGCAGCGGCAGUACGAAGCCGAGAGGAACAAGAUCCCCGGCAAGCGCGCCAACGACAAGCUGGAGCUGCUGCUGCAGAAGAGGAAGGAGCUUCAAGAAAACCAAGAUGAAAUCGAGAAUAUGAUGAACUCCAUCUUCAAGGGAAUCUUCGUGCAUCGCUACAGGGACGCCAUUGCUGAGAUCCGAGCCAUCUGCAUCGAGGAGAUCGGCGUGUGGAUGAAGAUGUACAGCGACGCUUUUCUCAAUGACAGCUACCUGAAAUAUGUCGGAUGGACGCUACACGAUCGGCAAGGAGAGGUGCGCCUCAAGUGCCUGAAGGCUCUGCAGAACUUGUACACAAACCGAGAGCUGUUCCCCAAGUUGGAGCUGUUCACGAACCGCUUCAAGGACCGCGUUGUGUCGAUGACGCUGGAUAAGGAGUACGACGUGGCUGUGGAGGCCAUCCGGCUGGUCACGCUCAUUCUGCAGGGCAGUGAAGACGCCUUAUCCAAUGAGGACUGUGAGAACGUGUACCACCUGGUCUACUCCGCCCACCGACCGGUGGCCGUUGCCGCCGGAGAGUUCCUGCACAGGAAACUUUUCAGCCGUCAUGACCCACUGGCAGAAGAGGCGCUGGCGAAGCGCCGAGGGCGGAGCAGCCCCAACGGGAAUCUCAUCCGCAUGCUGGUCCUCUUCUUUCUGGAGAGCGAGCUCCAUGAGCAUGCGGCCUACCUGGUGGACUCGUUGUGGGAAAGCUCUCAGGAGCUGCUGAAGGACUGGGAGUGUAUGACGGAACUUCUGACGGAGGAGGCCGUGCAGGGCGAGGAGGUGUUGUCAGAUAGACAGGAGAGUGCUCUCAUAGAGCUGAUGGUGUGCACCAUCCGGCAGGCAGCAGAGGCUCACCCACCUGUUGGCAGAGGCACCGGCAAAAGGGUGCUGACGGCGAAGGAGAGGAAGACCCAGAUCGACGACAAGAACAAACUGACGGAGCACUUCAUCAUGACUCUGCCCAUGCUUCUGUCCAAGUACCAGGCGGAUUCGGAGAAGGUGGCCAACUUGCUCCAGAUCCCUCAGUUCUUCGACCUGGACGUGUACAGCGCCGGGCGCAUGGAGAAGCACCUGGACGCCCUGCUGAAGCAGAUCCGGCUGGUGGUGGAGAAGCACAUCGAGAUGGACGUGCUGGAGGCCUGCAGCAAGACCUACAGCAUCCUCUGCUCCGAGGAGUACACCAUCAUGAACCGCGUGGACAUUGCCCGCUCGCAGCUCAUCGACGAGAUGACGGACCGCUUCGCGCACUCCGUCGAGGGGCUGCUUCAGGAGGCGGAGGAGGCCGAUGACGACGACAUCUACAACGUUUUAUCCACGCUCAAAAGACUCACCGCCUUCCACAAUGCGCACGACUUGACGCGGUGGGAUUUAUUCGGGAACUGCUACCGGCUGCUGAAGGCGGGCAUCGAGCAGGGCUCCAUGCCGGAGCAGAUCGCCGUCCAGGCCCUGCAGUGCUCCCACUACUCGGUCCUCUGGCAGCUGGUCAAGAUCACCGAGGGGGCUCCCAGCAAGGAUGACCUGGUGGCUCUGAGGAGAGUGGUGAAGUCGUUCUUGGCUGUCUGCCAGCAGUGCCUGUCUAACGUCAACACGCCAGUCAAAGAACAGGCCUUCAUGCUCCUCUGCGACCUGCUGAUGAUCUUCAGCCACCAGCUGGUGUCCGGCGGCCGGGACGGCCUCCAGCCGCUCGUCUUCAACCCGGACAUGACUCUGCAGAACGAGCUGCUCAACUUCGUCCUGGACCACGUCUUCAUCGACCAGGACGACGAGAGCCAGAGCAUGGAGGGAGACGAGGAAGACGAGGCCAACAAGAUCGAGGCUCUCCACAAAAGGAGAAACCUGCUCGCGGCUUUCUGCAAACUCAUCAUCUUCGACAUCGUGGACAUGCAUGCUGCGGCCGACAUCUUCAAACACUACAUGAAGUAUUAUAACGAUUACGGCGACAUCAUCAAGGAGACUCUGAGUAAAACCAGACAGACGGACAAGAUCCUCUGUGCCAAGACGCUCAUCCUCAGUCUGCAGCAGCUGUUCAACGAGCUGCUGCAGGACCAGGGCCCCAACCUGGACCGCACGUCGUCUCACGUCAGCGGCAUCAAGGAGCUGGCCCGCCGCUUCGCCCUCACCUUCGGCCUGGACCAGAUCAAGACCAGAGAGGCCGUCGCCACGCUGCACAAGAAUGGAAUCGAGUUUGCCUUUAAGUUCCAGAAUCCUCGAGGACCAGAGUUUCCUCCCCUCAACUUAGCCUUCCUUGAGGUUCUGAGUGAAUUCUCUUCAAAACUAAUCCGUCAAGACAAAAAAACUGUCCACUCGUACCUGGAGAAGUUCAUGUCGGAGUCUAUGUCGGAGCGCCGGGAGGACGUGUGGCUGCCGCUGAUCUCCUACAGGAACAGCCUGCAGACGGGCGGAGACGAGGACCACAUGUCGGUGACGUCGGGCUCCAGCAGCAAGGCCGGCUCGGUGCGCAGCAAGAAGGCCCGGCCGCCGGUCCACAAGAAGCGAAUCGAGGAAGAGAGCAGCGUUGAGGGCUCGUGGAUGUUGCGCAACGACACCCUCCAGACACCGGGAGCCCUGCAGACGCCUCAGCUCACCUCGACGGUCCUCAGAGAGAACCGGCCCGCGGAACACAUGCCCGACCCGGACUCGGAACCCGGAUCAGAGAACGACUUUGUGCACAAUCCUCAGAUGCAGAUGUCGUGGCUCGGGCAGCAGAAGAUGGAGGAGGUGAACAGGAAGGACCGGACAGGCAUGAACUACAUCAAGGCGCGCAGCAACCAGGGCGUCCGGCAGACGGUGCGUGGGUUGAUGGAGGAUGACGCAGAGCCCAUCUUUGAGGACGUGAUGAUGUCAUCGCGGGGACAGUUGGAGGACAUGAACGAGGAGUUUGAAGACACGAUGGUGAUCGACCUGCCGCCGUCGAGGAACAGACGGGAACGAGCAGAGUUGAGACCGGACUUCUUUGACUCCGCAGCGAUGAUUGAGGACGAGUCGGGGUUCAGCAUGCCCAUGUUCUGAUCCGGGAAGAGAUCACGAUCCACAUCAGGAGUAAACGGGGUUCUGGGACGUCGGACCCAGAUGAACCCGCCAAUCAAACUCUUUGAAGAAGAAGAAAACAAACAUUGUCGGAGUACUUUUCUCUUUCUCUGAGACACGAUGGAGGGAUGUUUCAGUGGACCGGCCGACGGACCCCCCCACCGGGAAGAGGCUCCGUUCUUUUCAGGCGAGGUCAGAGGGUCCAGAAUAUUGUCCAGAAAUCUAGUCCGGAUUAUUGAAGAGCUUCUUGUUGCUCUAAAUCUUCCUCCACUUCCUCUUCCUCCUCCAGCCAGUUGGUUUGGCUCUUGUUAGCGGCAGCUCUGCCGGGCCGAUGGGUGACCCCCGCCCCCGUGACACAGAUGUACAGUUGUUUGGUUUCGCUCCCGAUCAGCAAAACAGAGCAGCGUAAAAACACUCUGUACACCCCCGCCCCAAUACCCCGACCCCGCCCUUAUUUUGGUGUCGCACUUCGAUCCGUCUUGUUAAAUCCAACAUGGAGAGGAUCUCAAUGCGGUGUUCUAUAUCUUUGCUCUUAUUACUCCCUCGCCAUCCAAGUCCUUGCGCGCGCGCGUGUGUGUGUCUGUAUAUAUGUGUGUGCGUGUGUGUACACACGAUGGUGAUGGUCGCAUGUGCACACUGAGGUCGUCGGCCGUAGUCAGACUUCCCCCCAACCAACCAGGACAGAGGCCUCAGAUCUCGGAAACAUUACACAAUCACACACACACACACACACACACACACCCUUGAAUAGGUUUUGAAGUUAAAAAGUUUUUAAAAAAGACAAUAAACAUAUUUUUAAUUCUGUAGCUUUAGUACUAAAAGUUUUAAAUCGUGCGUCUUUGUUUUUGUCCGAUGUUUGUACAGCUUUUUCUCGAAUAUGUAUCUUGUUUGUUGCCAAAUUGUGGCCUACAUACUUACAGUAUAUUCCCCCCCCCCCUUUCCACCUGUAACUCAUAUCUAACGGUGACCGAGCUCAGAUUGUUGCACACCCGUUGUUAAGACGCUGUUGGGUCCGAUUGUAAAGGUUUCACAGUUCAGUAUUACAGCAGAGCGCCCGGUGGGUCGGUUCACGCUACAGGUCAAAGGUCACCGUACGUUUUUACGCCUUCAGUGUUAACCGAUCCAAGAAGAUGUGUUGUUCUCAUCCAGUGCAGUGGACCGAUUAGUUUGAAUGUGUUUUUUAAUGUUUUUCCGCCAUAUCGUCGUUCACCCUUCUGUCGGUCACUCAAUCAUGUACCCCCCCCCCCUGUAAAUAUCAGAGACAAUUGGAUCUUUUCUGCAGUGCAGUUGACAUCAGUUGCCCGAAAAAGCUCUAAAAGCCUGUUUUUUUUCUGUGAACCUAAAUUCUUUUUAAUAAAAUAAAAUCUGUAAUCGAUG